GUAUCCACACUGCGUUGCAUGGAGCUUGAAUUUCCACUAAAGAUAAAGCAUUCCAAUAUGAGGCUACUUCUAUCUAGGAUGUUCAAUCUAGAAGAUUCCGCGACGUGCUCCGAAACUUUGAACUCUUGUCAAUCAAUGCUGGAAAUAAUAAUGAAGGACUUUAUUAAAGAUAGAACAAAUUAUGGUAACGUCGAAUCUUCUUUGCAACAAUUCGAUUCGAAUGAUUUCAAUGUGCCAAAAAGUACAACUGAGGUUCAUAUUUCAAACACAAGAUGUGAAUCGGCAAAAAUGAGGAGCUCGAUAAGUCUAGAGAAUGUUCUCGAAUCCAGAAAUAGAUCUCCAUCUUUGCAAAUUAGCAGGGAAACAACAAUUAGCUUGAGGAAGAAUGAUGACUUCAAAAAUGUGAAAAAACUUCUCAACUUUGUUGCAAUUCAAGGCAAGUCGAAAUACAUGAGUAGAGAUGAAGAUUGUCUGACUAGUGACGAAAGCCCUCUGCAAGGAUAUGGAGCCGAUCAGCCUAGAGAUUAUCCCAAGCAUCAUUCGCAAAGCUGUCUACGUGAUCGCGAGGAAAUUCUGAUGUCUUCCUUGAGACGCCCACCAGAUUACCUGAAGAAUGACAACAGUAUCAGACUGGGACCAAACAAAGUCAACACCUUCCAAUGUCUAAAGACUAACUUUGAUAUUGGAAGUAGUAACGACGAGACAGCGAAAAAAUACGAAAGAUUCGCUAGAAUAGUGCCAAAAAUUUCGAAGAGAUUGAGCGACAGCUCUCUCGCAAUUGAAAAAUCAUUACAUGAUAACGAUGAGGAGAAAGAGGUUCCUUGUGAAAGUACAAAACAUUUCUUGUCACCAACAGAAUAUAAUAGAUCAACUUCACCUUACCCUGAGGAAGGAUUUACAACUUGUAAUAGUUCUUCCGAAAAACAGGAAAGUUCUGAAGAGAUAAAUAAUUCUGAAAACAAAUGUGCUCCUGACAGUAACGAAUGUACAAAUAAAGAAGACUUGUCCACUUAUAAUGAUGAAGUAAAUAUGAAUUUGGAUAGUAGUGGAUCUGAACAGUCGAAGAGUAGUGAAAUAACAGAUAUUAAUAGAAAUAGUUCCGAUGAAAGUAAUAGUAUAAAGAUACCAAUAGAUACAAAUUUGAAAAAAAUGAAGAAUGGAUAUCCUAGGAAAGAUACAAGUGAGAACAAAGAAGAGUUAAUUGAAAAUUCAAUCAACUCUUUGGAAAUAGAGGAUGAAGAUGAUACAGAUGAAGUGGAUUGUGAGUCAUCGAAUAGUUUAAAAGGAGAGAAAGUAGAAAAUUUCUGUAUUAGCGAUUAUGAAGAUUUAGUUUACGAGCAGGUUGGAUUACUUACAUUUGAACCGAUUAGUACAAAAUUAUCCAAACGAUUGACAAAAUUAUUUCUGGGCAAUGAGAGUUCAUUGGACGUACCUUCACGAUGGAAAGGUCAAAGCUUUGUUUUUAAUGACAGCACAAAGUUAAAAUAUGGAUUGAUGCAAUCACAGGGCGGACCUUGCGGUGUGAUAGCAGUGGUGCAGGCAUUUUUGUUGAAGGCGCUCUUAUUCGAUGACAAGACGCAAGCCGUCUGUCAGGACCCAUUCAGACCAACUCAGGUAGAGCUAAGAACCGGCUUAGUGCAGGCCAUAUCCGAAAUUCUAUGGCAAGCCGGCAAGGGAGAGAGUGCUGUACUUGCAUUGUAUAAAACUGCUGGAGAUGAAGUAGAUAAUGACGAUGACGUAAAGGAAGAAGAGGGGAAAAAUGAGGAUAAGAAGAAGGAAAACAUCAUUUGCCGAAAGUUCUUUAAACUUCAAGAGCUUCAGUCGGCCGUGAGGAAAGAGCUGAACCAAUUUUUAUCAACAGAUGGGAACGGCUGCUACCUUGUCGCCAUAUCAGCCAUUUUGUCAUCCGGCAUUCAGAGUGUGUUAUCAGAUAUGGAUGAAGCUUCGAGCAGCCUGAUUGUGAACGGUGGUUCCUGUUCGUUGGAAUUGGUGAACCUGCUAUUGACUGGCAAUGCAGUGUCCAAUGUAUUCGACAACAACAUGCACAUUGGCCCAUGUCUACUCAAAGGCAUAUCAAAACGAUCCAAUAUCGGAUUCCUCUCAAUCUACGAGCAUACAAACACCUGUCAGGUUGGCAGUAAUUUGAAAACGCCAAGAUAUCCUAUUUGGGUUGUAAAUUGCCAAAAUCACUUCACAGUUAUCUAUUCAGAGAAUAAAAAAUUGAUAUCGGAUUGGCGAGCUGAACGUCAGUUCAACAUUUACCUCUAUGACAGCAUGAGUAACCAAAAAGAUGAAGUCAAGCUAACAAUAGACACAACUGGUUUGUACCUGAAGCCCAGGAGUGAUGGUGAAUAUGUUCCUCCAAUCGAAUUGUGCCUUCUCACCAAAUGGAAAGGAGCAGCUAUUAGCUGGAACGGCAACAAAUACAUGUGAUUCGCCAAAUAUGUUCGAUAAAGUAUUAAUUAUUUCUAGAACCUUAUCAUUAAUUGUAUUGUUAAUAUUCAAAUAUGUAUUUAAUGUUGAUACAUUCCAUAUUAUAUAUCAUAGUUAUGAACAUUUGAUUUUUGAAAUAAAAGAGUUUAUGGUGUGAUUUUAUGA